UACCUUGGAGUGAACAUGGCCCGUGAGCUCCACGAACUGGAGACCACUAUCAUGCCACAGUUCAAGCUGGUGAUUGAAGCAGCAGACAGGGGGAACCACAGGCUCAUGCUGGACAAAUGGCUCCAGGAACUCAAAGAAGCCUUCUACAUGGCUGAAGACUUACUGGAAAAGCAUGAGUAUAACCUCCUCAAGCGCAAAGCCAACGGGAAGGAUUUCCUGCCGGCUAAUGCCUCCUCAAUCAGCGGCACUCUUAUGAAGCCUCUGCGUGCUGCAUCGAGCAGGCUGUCCAAUCUGAGCUCAAAGAACAGAAAGCUACUUCGCCAGCUGAAUGAACUGAAGGCUACCCUGGCAAAAGCCAAGGAUUUCCGUGAACUGCUCUGCUUACCAGCUGGUUCUAAUAAUGCAGAGUGCCCCACCUUACCAUCAGCUGUUGUUCCUGAGGCCACGUCACUACCUCCUCUUAAAGUUAUAGGUCGUGACAUGGAUCGCGAUCAUGUAAUAGAUAGUCUUAUGAAAACAACUGCUACUGGGUCUAGUACAGCUAUGUACUCGGGUUUGGCCAUUGUUGGAGUUGGAGGCAUGGGAAAGUCCACCUUGGCACAGUAUGUUUACAAUGACAAGAGGGUAAAAGAAUAUUUUGAUGUGACAAUGUGGGUAAGCAUUUCGCGCAAACUUGAUGUGCGACGUCAUACACGGGAGAUCAUCGAGUCUGCCUCUCAGGGAGAAUGCCCACGCAUUGAUAACCUUGAUACUCUGCAGCGCAAGUUGACAGACAUACUGCAAGAAUCAGGGAAAUUCCUGCUUGUGUUGGAUGAUGUCUGGUUUGAACCUGGCAGUGAUAGGGAAUGGGACCAACUGCUAGCUCCUCUAGUUUCCCAACAGAUAGGAAGCAAAGUUUUGGUAACUUCUCGACGGAAUACAUUUCCAGUUGCUCUUUACUGUGAAGAAGUGUGUCCUCUGGAGAGCAUGGAAGAUACUCAGUUCUUGGCACUCUUCAAACACCAUGCAUUCUCUGGACCAGAAAUCAAAGAUCGGCAGUUGCGUGAAACGUUGGAAGAUUUUGCAGAGAAGAUUGCUAAAAGGCUUGGAAAAUCUCCUUUGGCAGCAAAAGUUGUGGGUUCCCAGUUGAAAGGAAAAACAUAUAUCACCGCAUGGGAGGAUGCUCUAACUAUAAAGAUCGAUAAAUUAAGUGAGCCCAUUAGAGCUCUGUUGUGGAGUUAUGAGAAAUUAGAUCCAUGUGUGCAGAGAUGCUUCCUAUAUUGCAGCUUGUUUCCAAAAGGUCACAGGUAUACCGUUCGUGAGUUGGUUCAUCUUUGGACGGCCGAGGGCCUUGUUGAUUCAUGCAAUCAAAGCAAGAGGGCGGAAGAUGUUUCGUGGGAUUGCUUCAGCGAGAUGAUCUCUGUGUCGUUCCUUCAACCACUUUAUGGCUGCCCUACCCCGUUUGGUAUGCAUGAUCUCCUUCAUGAUCUGGCAGAAUCACUAUCUAAAGAAGAGUACUUCAGAUUGGAAGAUGAUAAGGUGACAGAAAUACCAUCCACUGUUCGACAUCUAUCUGUUUGUGUUGAUAGUAUGAUGCAACAUAAGCAAAGUAUCUGCAAGCUAGUUCAUUUACGUACUAUUAUCUGCAUAGACCCCCUAAUGGAUGAUGUAGGUGACAUUUUCAAUCAGAUACUACAGAAUUUGAAGAAGUUGCGUGUGUUAGGUUUGUCAUCUUACAACAGUAGUAAGUUGCCAGAAUCUGUUGGUGAGUUGAAGCACCUUCGGUAUUUGAACAUCAUCAGAACGCUUAUUUCUGAAUUGCCAAGAUCACUGUGUACGCUUUACCACUUGCAGUUACUUCUGUUAAAUGACAAAGUUAAUAGAAUGCCCGAGAAACUCUACAAUUUAAGGAAGUUACGACAUCUUGAACGGCAUGUUGAUUAUAUUGACACAUCAUGCAAAACAUUACUGCCUCAAGUUCCUAACAUUGGCAAGCUAACUUUGCUUCAACAAUUUGAGAAAUUUUCUGUGCAAAAGAAAAAGGGAUAUGAGUUGCAACAGCUAAGGGACAUGAAUGAGCUUCGUGGCACUUUAAGUGUCACAAAUCUCGAGAAUGUCACUGGAAAGGAUGAAGCCUUAGAGUCGAAUUUGCAUCAGAAAAGUCAUCUUAGAAGCUUGGAACUUGUCUGGAGUUGCAAGAAUAACCCGAACGUAGAAGAUAGUUUACAUUUGGAGAUUCUAGAAGGCCUGAUGCCACCGCCUCAACUUGAAGACCUUGUAAUUGACGGAUACAGAUCUUCUAUAUUUCCGGGCUGGUUAUUUUAUGGUUCGUAUUUUGAGAAGUUGAAAUAUUUAAGGUUUGUUAAUUGCAGUGCGUUACAAAGCCUGCCAUAUAAUACUGGGCUAUUUGUGAACUGCUAUUCACUUACCCUCAGGAAUGUUCCAAACCUGAAGACAUUAUCUUGUCUUCCACUAGGCCUUAAAACAUUAACAGUAGACAAAUGCCCACUGCUUACAUUUAUUUCCUACGAUGGACUGGAACAUCAUGAUCAAAGAGAAAAAAUCAUGACGACAGACCUUUUGGCAUCACAACUUGGUUUAAUCUGGGAGGUGGAUUCUGGAUCAGAUAUUAGCAGUGUACUGUCGUCGCAAUAUUCCUUUCUAAAGCAACUGAUGAUAUUAAUGCAUGCUGAUGUGUCACAUGUUCCAAACCUUGAAAGUGCUCUAGAAAGAGAGAAAGGCAAAGUAUUGAUAAAAGAGGAUAUCAUCAAGGCAUGGAUAUGUUGUCACGAGCAGAGGAUGAGACUUGUGUAUGGAAUGAGCAUUGCGCUGCCACUGAUUUUACCAUCAGGACUUCGUGAGCUUUCUCUUUCUUCAUGCAGUAUUACAGAUGGAGCUUUAGCUAUUUGCCUUGAUAGCCUGCCUUCACUGAGACGUUUGCGCUUGAUUGAGAUUAUGACAUUAACUACACUUCCUUCAGAAGAGGUCCUCCAACAUUUGACAGAACUUUCGCAGUUGUCCAUCCAAUCUUGCUGGUGUCUCAGGUCAUUAGGGGGCUUAUGUGCUGCUACCUCUCUUUCAUCUGUUGGAUUGACUUCAUGCCCUUCUUUAGAGUUGUUACAUGGAGCAGAAUGUUUGCCGUUAUCCCUUGAGGGCCUUAGUAUAGACAAUUGCGUUCUUGCAGCUGACUUCCUCUGUGCUGACUGGCCACACAUGGGUAGUAUUCGCAUAAGCAAAUGUAGAAGCACCGCAUGCUUAUUUGUUGGCAGUCUCACCUCUGUUAAAUCAUUCUCACUGCAUCACUUGCCAGACUUAUGUACGCUUGAAGGAUUGUCUUCCCUGCAACUUCGCCACCUAUAUUUGAUAGAUGUUCCAAAACUCACCCCCCAGUGUAUCUCACAGUUUAGUGUCCAGUACUCACUCUCGGUUAGCAGUCCUGUAAUACUCGACAGCAUGCUCUCGGCUGAAGGUUUCACAGUUCCAGCAUCUCUCUCUCUCAUGGAAUGCAAGGAACCAUACGUUUCAUUUGAAGAAUCCGCAAAUUUCAUAUCUGUCAAGAUCCUGAUAUUCAGUGAUUGUCAAAUGAUUUCCCUGCCAACAAAUCUUAUGUUCUUCUCCAGUCUGAAGAAGCUCGAAAUCCGUAGCUGCCUCAACAUAUCAUCUUUACCAGAUUUGCCAUCCUCCCUCGAGCACAUAUGCGUACGGAAUUGCUGUGAGCUAUUGAAGGAGAGCUGCCGAGCACCUGAUGGAGAAAGUUGGCCAAAGAUCGCGCAUAUCCGCUGGAAGGAAUUUAGUUGA